UUUCAAACCUUGCAGGCUUUUGCUCUCUGAGAGCUUGUAAUAAGACACACUCCUCUUACAAGAGUUCAUGCUACACCAAAACAAAGAACCUUAAAUUUUUGGAGGAACAGUAUAUUCAUUUUGGCCUUGUACAGAGCAAAGCAAGCCUGGUGGACUCUUCUCCACCCCUCAAAAUGAUAGCAAUCUCUGCCGUCAGCUGUGUGCUGCUCUUGUCCCUUCUCUGUGAAGCAAGCACCAUCGUCUUACUCAAUUCCACUGACUCAUCUCCGCCAACCAAUAAUUUCACUGAUAUUGAAGCAGCUCUGAAUGCACCACUAGAGUCUGCGGAUAUCCCCAAAGCAAGGCGGAAGCGCUACAUUUCGCAGAAUGACAUGAUCGCCAUUCUUGAUUACCAUAAUCAAGUUCGGGGCAAAGUGUUCCCACCAGCAGCAAACAUGGAGUAUAUGGUUUGGGAUGAAAAUCUUGCUAAAUCUGCAGAGGCAUGGGCAGCCACUUGCAUUUGGGACCAUGGACCUUCUUAUUUGCUGAGAUUUUUGGGUCAAAAUCUCUCUGUACGAACUGGAAGAUAUCGCUCUAUUCUCCAGUUGGUCAAGCCAUGGUAUGAUGAAGUGAAAGAUUAUGCAUUUCCAUAUCCCCAGGAUUGCAACCCCCGGUGUCCUAUGAGAUGUUUUGGUCCCAUGUGCACACAUUACACACAGAUGGUGUGGGCCACUUCUAAUCGAAUAGGAUGUGCAAUUCAUACUUGCCAAAACAUGAACGUCUGGGGAUCUGUAUGGCGACGUGCAGUGUAUUUGGUCUGUAACUAUGCUCCAAAGGGUAACUGGAUUGGAGAAGCACCAUACAAAGUUGGAGUUCCAUGCUCAUCUUGUCCUCCUAGUUAUGGAGGAGCCUGUACUGACAAUCUGUGCUUUCCAGGAGUAACGUCAAACUACCUGUACUGGUUUAAAUAAGCUUGCCUUUAUCUCAGGAGAUACAAUGGUUUCUGGGAUUCAUAGGCAUAU